UUAGGUACCAGCUGCAAAGUAUGCAUUCAAUUAUAACUGUUUCAUUUCUGCCAAUAUUCCCACAAUUAUCAUCAUCAUCAUCUACAUUUAUAAUUAUUUUCCAAUUUCCAAAAGGAUUUCUUAUACAUCAACUCCUCACAACCGUCCCAUGAGUUAAGUUGGGCAUGCAUGAGUCUGGGCCUUGGAGUGAGACAGGCCUGGGUUGAAAUCCUGGGCCGUCACUUAACUGCUCUGAGCUCAUUUUCUCUACCUGUAAAGUGGAGAUAAUAAUACUUCAGAGGAUUGGUGGCAGGUCUAAAUAACAUAUGUAGAGCUCUUAGUGCAGUCCUAUUAUUGACAGGUGAAAUAACUGAGGCUCAGAGAACUGAAGGGAUUUGUACAAGUCAUAGUCAAGCCCAGGGAUUCUGACCCUAGAGAAUUACGUAAUGAAUACCCUCUACCCACCACCUAGCUUUAAAAAGAAUUACAGCAACAAACUGAAGACUCCAUGCAUCCUUCCCUAAUCCCAUUCCUCUUCCUCCCUCCCACCUCCUUCUCUCCUUGCCUCCACCCAGGUAACCACUAUCCUGAAUUUGGUGUUUAUUAUUCUCACGAUGUUUCUAUACUUCUACUCCAUAUCGAUAUGUCUGUGAGCAACUCUGGUAUUGUUCUAUAUGCUUUUAAACUUUAUAUGCACAGUAUCAGAUUGUGCAUAUCAUCCUGCAGCUAGUUUUUUUUACUCAAUAGUUUUUGAGACUUAACCAUGUUGAUACAUGGAAUUCUAGUUUAUUUAUUUUAAACUCAGUUUAGUAUUCCACUAUAUGAAUAUACCACAACUGUAUUACCUAUUUUCCCAUUGAUAGAUAUUUAAAUUACUUCCAAUUUUAUGCCAUGACAAACAUUCAUGCAAUGGACAUUCUCAUAUCUAACUCCUUGUAAACAUGAGCAAGAAUUCCUCUAAAUUCUCCUUAGGUCAUAAGAUAUGAGCAGAUUCAGUUUUACUAGAUACUGCCAGUUUUUCAAAGUGGUUGUAGUAAUACAUGCUCCCAAUAGCAAUGCGUAAUCAACUCCUAUUGCUACAGAUCUUCACCGACACAGUAUGGUCAGACUUUAAAAUUUCUGACAAUCUGAUGGGUGUGAAAUGUUAUCUCAUUGUGGUUUUAAUUUGCAUUUAUCUGAUUACUUAGGAGACUGGACAUGUUUUCAUAUCUUAUUGGCCAUUCCAUUUUGCACUUCUGCGAAGAGCCUAUCUUUGCACACUUUUAUAUUGAGAUAUUUUUAUUUUUAUUAUUGACUUGUGGGAGUUGUUUAUAAUUACAAAUGCUAACCUUUUGUCUGUUGUAUGUGUUGCAAAUAUUUUCUCCCAGGUGUGUACUUGUUUCAUUGUUUGUAAAGACUCUUAAUGUAAAGAAGUUCUAAAUUUUGCUGUAGUCAAAUGUAUUAAUUCUUUUCUUUAUGGCCGCACUGUUUCUAUCAUAUUACAUUGUCUCUCCGUGUCUUCCUAUGAGCCAUUUAAGACCUCCUUUUCCCUUCAGGCCUGACUCCUUUGUCUCCCCUCUGUCUCUUUUGCCUGCAGUGUUCGUUAUGUUGACUUGUGCCUUUCGCUAUGGCCAUGAUGACUUGGAUGUGAUUGGUUUGACAUUCCGCAAGGAUCUGUAUGUACAGGUCCAGCAAGUGGUCCCCCCUGAGCCCUCCAGCCCCCAGGGGCCUCUCACAGUCCUACAGGAGCGACUGCUGCACAAGCUGGGGGAAAAUGCUUACCCCUUUACUCUGCAGAUGGCUGUCAACCUGCCUUGUUCGGUGACACUGCAGCCAGAUCCUGAAGAUACAGGAAAGGCCUGUGGGAUUGACUUUGAAGUGAAAAGUUUCUGUGCUGAAAACCUGGAGGAGAAAAUCUCCAAGAGAGACUCCGUGAGGCUGGUGAUUCGGAAAAUACAGUUUGCACCCCUGGAGCCAGGCCCUGGCCCCUCAGCCCAGACCGUCCGCCGCUUCCUUCUGUCAGCUCAGCCCCUACAACUCCAGGCCUGGAUGGACAGGGAGGUUCACUACCAUGGCAAACCCAUCUCUGUCAAUGUUUCUAUCAACAACUGCACCAACAAGGUCAUCAAAAAAAUCAAGAUAUCAGUUGACCAGACCACAGAUGUUGUCCUGUAUUCACUAGACAAGUACACCAAGACUGUGUUCACUCAGGAGUUCACGGAAACUAUAGCUGCCAACUCCAGCUUCUCCAAGAGCUUUGCGGUCACCCCACUCCUGGAUGCCAAGUGCCAGAAACAGGGCCUGGCACUGGAUGGCAAACUCAAGCAUGGUGAUACCAAUCUGGCCUCCAGCACGAUUCUUCGACCUGGAAUGGACAAGGAGCUGCUGGGGAUCCUAGUAUCCUACAAAGUCAGAGUCAACCUGAUGGUGUCCUGUGGAGGCAUCCUAGGUGACCUGACGGCCAGCGAUGUUGGUGUGGAGCUGCCCCUAAUCCUGAUGCAUCCAAAGCCAUCACAAGAGGCUGCUAGCUCUGAGGACAUAGUCAUCGAGGAGUUUACUCGUCAGGAGCCCGGCGAGGAGGAGAGCCAGGAGGCUUUGGCGGCAGAGGGAGAUGAGGGGAGCUGAGCACCUUGCUCUGGUGCCUCUGUGUGGGAGCCGCUCUGUAAUGCUCUAAUAAAUUGGCUUGUCCAGACAUGCCUGGUGAUCUCUUUGCUAUUUCUUCCUCCUGGAGGGUAAUGGAACUAACAAGAACAAGCGCCCUCUCUCCCUGUCAGUGAUUAGAUUACUCUGUAGCAGGUGCUUUUCCCUAAGUGACCCCCCAAAUUCCCUCUGGCAUGGCCACUCGCCCUCUGUGGGUCCUUCAACUUUCCCUUUGCGCCCUGGCCAUCCCCGCCACCACCCCACCACUCCAUCAGUGAUCACCCACUGCCCCAGCUGCUGGGAGCUGCAAGGCCUGCAGGCAGGGCCUGAGGGGGCAUGGCCGUGUGCCCAGGCCUUGGGGCUACAUCGAAGGUGGCCAGCUUUGAUUGAGCGGAGACCACCGUGUGACCUCAGGCAGCGAGUGCCGCUCGCCUGCUGGUGUUGUAUGCCUUCGCACAUGCGGCCCACAGCAAAGCUUCAGCCUGGAAACCACCCGGAAACCAGACCCGAGGAUCAGUCUGUACACAAAUACAAAGUUGCGUUCCUGGGGGAGCAGAGUGGUGGGUGUCUGGGUUG